AUGUACCAGUUGGUGGAGAAGUAUAUGAUACAUGGACCGUGCGGUCAGGCGAAUUUGAAAUCUCCCUGUAUGAAGGAUCGAGUUUGCACGAAGCGAUUUCCAAAGCCAUUUGUGCAGCGCACUGAAUCAGAUGCAGAUGGUACAGGAGAAUGGAAGAUGGCAGAACAGUUACGAAGAAUAAGACUACUCUUAACAAUGGUUCGUUCCAAGGGAGAGAUUGUAAUUAACGUUGCAUCGAGUGGUAUAGCAUCGUUAUUGCUCCCCGGUGGAAGAACAACUCAUUCUCGAUUCGGACUACCCAUAAAUGUACACGAGAGUUCCACCUGUAGCAUAUCGCACCAAAGUCCACAGGCGGAGUUGUUCAUAAGGGCAAAGCUUAUUAUAUGGGACGAGGCUCCUAUGAUGCAUAGAUACUGUUUUGAAGCGCUUGACAAGACAAUGAAGUCAAUUAUUAUAGGCUCCUAUGAGGCUCCUAUGAUGCAUAGAUACUGUUUUGGUGGAAAGGUGGUUGUUUUUAGAGGAGAUUUUAGGCAGAUUUUACCAGUUGUACUCAAAGCAUCAAGGCAGGACAUAGUACAUGCUACGAUAAACUCCUCUUCGCUGUGGAAUUUCUGUCGUGUCAUGAAGUUGACUAAGAACAUGAGAUUGCAGUCAUGCUCUUCUCCAUCUAACGUGGAUGAGGUAAAAGAAUUUGGAGACUGGAUACUGAAGGUUGGUAGUGAGGAUGUUGGGGAACAAAAUCAUGGUGAAGCUUCGAUAGUGAUUCCCGAUGACAUGUUGAUUGGUGAUUCAGAAGAUCCAUUCAGAGACCUACUGGAAUUCGUUUACCCGGAUUGUUGA